UCAGGGCCCACGCCCAUGGAUGGAUCCCGCUCCCGCGCGCAGGCGCACUGGCACUCCUUCUGUCAAACAUGGCUGUUCUCUGGAAGAAGGAAAAAUGCUGAAUUGUGUUGGUAUAUGUUGGGAAAAGCAGCAGACAUGGCUAGAUUGGCGGACUAUUUCAUUGUCGUUGGAUAUGACCAGGAGAAAGCCGGCUCAGGAGAAGGAUGUGGAAAAAUUAUUCAGCGAUUCCCUAAGAAGGACUGGGAGGGGACAGCCUUUCCACAGGGGGUGGAGAUGUUCUGCCAGCCCGGAGGUUGGAGGCUCUCCAGAGAAAGAAAAGCACCGACCUUCUUCACUGUUGUGCUGACGGACAUUGAUUCUGACCGACACUACUGCUCCUGCCUCACUUUCUUUGAGGCCGAGGUCAAUCUACAGGGAUCAAAGAGCAUCGAGGCUGAUGGGGAUGAAGAUGAGGAGGAGACAGAGGAGAACGGCAUGAUCCAGCCUGCUCAAGUGUUUGCACCAAAAAGUCUCAUUCUUGUAUCCAGGCUGGAUUAUCCCGAAAUAUUCCGGGGAUGUUUGGGGCUGAUCUACACCGUGCACAUCGACAGCCUGAGUUUCCCCUUAGACGGUCUGGUGGCCAACCUCUUCACGUUCUUGGUUCCUGUUGCUGGUGGAUCUCAGAAGCUGUUUAGCUUAGGAGCCGGAGAUCGGCAGCUCAUCCAAACGCCUCUCAACGACACGUUACCCAUCACAAACAAGAGUGUUGCCCUGCUUUUCCAGCAGCUCGGGAUCCAAAAUGUCCUGAGCCUGUUUUGUGCGGUUCUGACAGAACACAAGGUUUUGUUUCACUCCACCAGCUACCAGAGGCUCGGAGAGGCGUGCCGGGCCCUGGAAGCCCUCAUGUUUCCCCUUAAAUACAGCUGGACGUCAUCAUCGCUGACCUGGAUGGAGGAACAAUAAAGAUUCCUGAGUGCAUCCACUUGUCCCUGCUCCCUGAACCUCUCUUACACCAAACACAGUCCACUCUGUCCCUGGUUUUGCACCCAGAUUUAGAAAUCGCUGACAAUGCAUUCCCGCCACCUCGCACGGCGCCUUCCAACCCCAAGCUGUUGGACAAGGAGGUGAGGGCCGUCUUUCUCAGGCUGUUUGCACAACUCUUCCAGGGCUACAGGUCUUGCCUGCAGCUCAUCCGCAUCCAUUCCGAACCUGUUAUUCACUUUCACAAGACUGCCUUCUUGGGCCAACGAGGCCUCAUAGAGAACGACUUCCUCACCAAGGUUUUGGAUGGCAUGGCCUUCGCUGGCUUCGUCUCAGAGAGAGGUCCACCUUACCGAGCUUGUGAUCUCUUUGAUGAGCUGGUGGCGUUGGACUGUGACAGCUUUAAGGAAGAGGAGGUCAACCCUUCCAAGUUGCAGAAGCACAUCAGGGAGCUUUCAGAGCAGCUCUACAGAAAUGAAAAUCCGAACCCACACAUGGCAUUCCAGAAAGUGCCUCGGCCGUCUGAAGGGUCCCACUUGCGAAUGCACCAGGUUCCCUUCCCCUUGCUCGAUGACGUAAAGGUGGAGAAGAUGCUGCAGGAUGGUGUUGCGAAACAGAGCACUGCGCCUGUUUCCACACGGCCUGAGAAGAAGUGCGUUGUUCCCGCAGGACCACUUGUUGUGUCGAUUACGGGUAAGAGCGGCUCCGUGUUUAACAGCGCUCGCAGGCUGGAGGUGGUGAGGAGCUGCAUCUCCUUCAUCUUUGACGGCAACACCCUGGAGACUGAGAAGACCUUACCUGCUGCACUGCGAGCCCUGAAAGGCAAAGCUGCCCGUCAGUGUCUGACUGAUGAACUGAGUCUUCACGUUCAGCAGAACCGAGCCAUACUGGACCACAAACAGUUUGACUACGUCAUUAGGAUGAUGAACUGUGCCAUUCAGGACUGCUCCACCUCUGAGGAGUACACGGUAGCCACCGCGCUGCUGCCCCUGUCAACAGCCUUUUACAGGAGGCUGGCUGCUGGAGUGAACCAGUUUGCCUACACCUGCAUACAAGACCAUCCCAUCUGGACCAACCAGCAGUUCUGGGAGGCCACUUUCUACAGCGAAGUCCAGGGUCAGAUCCGAGCCCUUUAUCUCAACACCCCAGCAGAAAAGAUGGGCAUCACCACGAGGCUGAUGGACGUCUCGCCCCCACCGGCUGCAGGUAGAGAGGAGGAGCACACAGCCAUGGCCCUGGCAGCGGAGCAGCUGCGCUUGUGGCCCAGUCUGAGCAAGGAGAAGCAACAGGAGCUGGUGAAGAACGAGGAGAACACCGUGUUCAGUCAGGCCAUCCAUUACGCCAACCUCAUGGUUUACCUGCUGGUUCCUUUGGACACUAGCAAGAACAAACUGCUGCGCACCGCACCUGCUGCAGACUGGGAGAGCGGCAGUAACAGCAUUGUGACCAACAGCAUCGCCGGCAGUGUGGCCGAGAGCUUCGACACAGAAAGCGGCUUUGAGGAGUCGGAGAACAGCGACGCUGCAAACUCCGUGGUCAGGUUUGUCGCACGCUUCAUCGACAAAGUGUGCACAGAGAGCGGCGUGACCCAGGAGCACAUCAAGAGUCUGCACAGCAUGAUCCCAGGAAUCGUAGCAAUGCAGAUGGAGACGUUAGAGGCUGUUCAUAGGGAGAGCAGGAGGCUACCUCCCAUUCAGAAGCCGAAGAUUUUGCGUCCAGUGCUGCUUCCUGGAGAGGAGUUGAUGUCAGAGGGGCUGAGGGUGCUGUUGGACCCUGAUGGCAGGGAAGAGGCCACCGGGGGCCUCCUUGGGGGUCCCCACAUCCUCCCAGCAGAAGGGGCUCUCUUUCUUACUUCAUACCGCAUCAUCUUUAACGGCGUUCCCCAUGAUCCACUGGUGGGGGAACAGGCGGUCGUCAGAGCGUUUCCUGUGUCGACGCUGACCAAAGAGAAGAAGAUCAGCAUCCAGAACCAGCUGCAGCAGAACAUGCAGGAAGGCCUGCAGCUCCGCUCGGCGUCAUUUCAGUUGAUAAAAGUUGCUUUUGAUGAGGAGGUCAGCUCAGAGAUGGUGGAGGUCUUCAGGAAGCACCUGCAGAGAAUCCGCUAUCCUCAGUCCAUCUUCAGCUCCUUUGCUUUUGCGGCAGGACAAACGGUUCCCCAGCUAAUCUUACCAAAACCAAAAGAAAGAAACACUGGAUUAAGAACGCUUUCAAAGACGAUCGUCAAAGGAGCAAAGAUGGCUGGAAAGAUCACCAUGGGCCGCAGCAGCCAGAGCUCCCUGAAGAAGGUGGACAGAGGCAGCAGGAUGACCUGGCAUGAAGACGACGACAUUUCUGUCUCUGAUGAUGGUGAACCACCACCCAGCAGCACUUUAAGAGCAUCAGAGAAGUCAACCAUGGAGCAGCUGGUAGAGCAGUCCUGUUUCCGUGACUACCAACGUAUGGGCCUGGGUACCAUCACUGUCAGCUCAUCUCGCUCCAAGUCAGGCGAUCAGUUCAGGAUCACAGCUGUUAACAGGCUCUACUCCCUCUGCCGCAGCUACCCAGGACUGCUGGUCGUUCCUCAGGGGGUGCAGGAUAGCAGCUUACACAAAGUGGCUCGCUGCUACAGGCACAACCGUCUGCCCGCUGUGUGUUGGAAACAUCCUCGGACCAAAGCAGUGCUGCUGCGCUCGGGAGGCUUCCACGGCAAGAGCGUGGUGGGAUUGUUCAAGUCACAGAAUCAGUCCUCAGCAGCACCAGCCUCAUCUUCAGAUUUGUCUAGUAGUCUGGAACAGGAGAAGUACCUGCAGGCGAUUCUGGACUCCAUCCCCGUCUACUUUAAAACAAACGGGACCAACACGCUGUCCAAUCGCUCACUCAUCGGCCUCUCGCCAGGCAGUGAACGAAAGACAUCGAAGAUAUCAAAGAUGGCUCCCGUCCAUCUAGACAUCCCGUUCUCGAACAGCUUCACGAGAGGAGUGCUUGAGUACAAAGAUAAACUUUUUACUCACUCAAACCCAAAACCUGCCAGUAAGGAGCGAGUCCUCCAUCCAGGCGUGUGGGCCAGCUUACGCUCGAGCAGCCGCCUCAGUCAGCACCAGCCGCUGGGGGAUGUGGGUGCCAGAUUAGCAGGGAAGGAUCUGGCGCCCCCUGCAGGGAGCAACAGUCUGCAGGCUCAGCUCCUCAAACGUCAGGCCGCCCUCUACGUCUUUGGAGAAAAGUCUCAUUUAAGGGGCCUCAGACUGGACUCGUCUUUGAACUGCGAGCUGGUGCCGGUGGAUUUUGCAGACACGCGGCAGGUGAAAGGGGCCUUUAAGAAGCUGCUGAGGGCCUGUGCUCCCAGUGCCCCCCCAUCAGACUCUGAGGACUCCUUUCUUAAAGCUUUGGAGGACUCUGAGUGGAUCCUUCAGCUACACAAGAUCCUGCAGCUGGCCCUGUUCCUGGUGGAGCUUCUGGACAGCGGCUCAUCGGUUUUGCUCAGCCUGGAGGACGGUUGGGACAUCACCACACAAGUGGUGUCUCUGGUGCAGUUGCUGAGCGACUCUUUCUACCGCACCCUGGAAGGUUUUCAGGUGCUCCUGGAGAAAGAGUGGCUCUCCUUCGGCCACAAAUUCAGCCAGCGGAGCAACCUGAGUCCCAGCAGCCAGGGCAGUGGCUUCACACCCAUCUUCCUGCAGUUUCUGGACUGCGUGCAUCAAAUUUCUGAGCAAUAUCCUCUGGAGUUUGAGUUUAAUCAGUAUUAUCUGAAGUUCCUGGCUUUUCACCACAUCUCCAACCGCUUCAAGAACUUCUUGUUGGACUCCGACUAUGAGCGCCUGGAACACGGCCUGCUGUUUGAGGAUAAGGGUGAUAAGCAAGCACGGAGAGGCAUCUGCAUCUGGGACUGCAUCAACAGGAUGCACCAGAGGAGUCCCAUCUUCUUCAACUACCUGUUCAGCCCCUCAGAGAGCGAACCGGUCCUGAAGCCUUGUGUCGGGAUCCCCAGCCUGAGUACGUGGGACUACCUUACUGAUGAGACUCUGUCCUCGGGGCCGUGCUACGACUUCAGGAUGAUGGCUGUGAGGUCGGAGAGCACAGAGGAGGCGGAUGCCGCCUCCAACAGUAAGAGGAGGAUCGUUUGGCCGUGUUACAGCAGCGUGAGCGACGCCCAGCUGGACGCCAUCACCAAACUUCUCUCUGAUAUCGAGAGGUUGGAAAGCGAGCUGAACCAGACCCCCGAGAAAUGGACAACAACUCUGGAAAGAGUCCGACUCACCAUACAGGAAGAUCUGAAGCAGGAAGGGAAUCUCCGUAAGCAGUCCCUGUCCAUCUCAGGCCUCAUUCCCACAUCCAGCCUGCAGGCCUUCCAGCGGCGCUCCAUGCUGCACCUGCCGGACAGCGGACUGGGCGAAGACCACAGCACAGCCACAUCCAACGGGAUUAACCGCCGCGCUGCGACGCUUUACAACCAGUUCACCCCCAAGAAUGAGGAGAACAGGUCCUACGAGGGGAUCCUUUACAAACGUGGAGCUCUGCUGAAAGGUUGGAAACCCCGCUGGUUUGUGUUGGACGUCACGAAACACCAGCUGAGGUACUACGACACCGGCGAGGACACAAACUGCAGAGGCCACAUCGAUUUGGCUUACGUGGAGUCCGUCACAAUCGCCACGCCAACCAUCGGAGCGCCCAAACACAUCAACGAAAAGGCUUUCUUUGAUCUAAAAACAAGUAAGAGAGUUUACAACUUCUGCGCGUCCGACGCUUCCAGCGCUCAGGUGUGGAUGGACAAAAUCCAGAACUGCAUUUCUGACGCCUGAACGGCAACCUCAAACCACGUCGGAGCCGCGUCAGAGGCCGAGAGCGGAAACGCGACGCCAGCUCUGCUCAGCUUUCAGACGACUUUCACUCUGGGGACCACGGGGAUCAAAGUGCCUGAUGGCGGGGGAUGAUUUCUGUCCAUCUCUUCCUGCCACUCAGCCGCCGCCGUCGCCAUCGACUCGCCACCGGCUCCCUUCGACGCAGAUGGAGCGAAGAUAAGCUGAUGUUCUAGAAGACUGUGCCACUAAGAAAAAGUUAUGUUAUUGUGUCAAAGCUAUAUCACUGGCCGUCAAAACUGUGGGUUCAAUUUUAGCAUUAUAAUGAGAUUUUCUGUUAGAUAUUUUACUACAAAGUUAUUGCUGCUUAAAGAAACGUAUAAACCGCCAAAAACUCGAGAUUUUAAUGCACAAGUUCGAAAAAGCAAUUUGUUUGCACUUAGCUCUAAAAUAUGCACUCGUUUAUCAGCGACAGAUGUUCUGACAGCCGGGCUCCUCAUCGUAGCGCGUAGAUGUGGCGUUUUCUUCGUGAUGGGUGGAAUUUGCACAGCGAGUUUAAAAGAUGUUCUUUUUUAUUUAAAUGGAGAACAGUUGUUUACCGAAUCCUUCGUAACACGCGUCUCAUACGUUGUAAGUUAUUAUUUUUUAUUAAAAGUGCAACAAAGUGUGGUGGUUUUGUGUUUUUUGUAAAAUACUUUUGUGAUGUUUAAUUUUGUACACUGAGCUGAACAUAUGUACACGUUUCUAACAUUAAAUCCAAUGUGACUGACUUUGUUUUUUUUUUUGUUUUUUUUUGUCUUUACUGGUGCAACAACCCGAGUGGCCUGUUUUCUGUUUUGUGGUUUGUUCUGAAUGAAAUGACCUUUUGUUGUUGAGAUCGUCCAUGCAACAGUGUCUUUUUUUUUUUUUUUAAUGGCUUGUUAGGGAUGUAUCGUGUAGGUCGUGUGGUUUUUCUAAUCCUCGCCUCAUCUCUUCUCCUUUUGUCCGUUUCAUAUCUUUACAAACAAAAAUAAGAAGAGGCACAUAAAACAAUUCAAAGAUGUCAGAGGAGUGUUUUUUGUCACCGUAUCUUUGUAUCAUGCUUGUGAUGACACUACGUUUUUGGAAAUAAAUAAGAUAUACGUGAAA